CUGUGACCAGCAAAGAGAAACCGGACUUUGAAAAUGAGACAUCUUCUUCUCCAAUUCCCUUCCAUCUUAGCCAUCUAUUGCUUCUGCCUACUACAGAUUCCCUCCUCAGGAUUUCCUCGAUCUUUAGCUGCGUCUCCAGAUGGCUUGGAUAUGGUGCAACUUGAGCGGCUGGCAUAUUGGGCAACUCUUUCUAGCCAACCUAAGGAUAAACACGACAUAUACAAAAGGUUUUUAUUUCACUACUCCCGAACUCAGGAGCCAACACGUCCAGUUAAAAUUGGGUUUCCUCCUGUGCACCCUUUAAUGCGUCUGGCCGCCAAGCUCGCCAAUGGGAGGAUGAAAAGACUUCUACAGCGCGAUUCAAGGGCUGUGGCAGUGGACUUUAUCAAAAAGGGUCAUGCUGCCACCUGGGGACGACCGUUUUUCCUUUUCAGGCCAAGGAAUGGAAGAAACACUGAAGAUCACACUCAGUAGGAUAGUCCAAGGUCAGCUCAUUGCAGCUUUUCUCCUCCAAGCAAACGAGUUCAGUGGCAAAGGGGAGCUGGAUCAGAAGAGGCAACCCAGCAGUUAUGUUGAACAAAC